AUGGCUGUGCAGAGCUGGUUUGAGUCGUUGAAAGCCUCUAAGAAAACAGCGCUAAUACAAGAUGUAUACGUUCAUGUGGUGUGGAACCACUGGCCAUCGAAAUCCAUCUACAGUCGGCCUGUUUUUAUGCGGAAAGAUACUAAGACCAGUUUCCAGUGGAGAAUCCGGAACCUUCCCUACCCCAAGGACGUCUACAAGCUGUCAGUGGAGCAGACUGAACGCUGCUGCAUCGUGCGAACCACAAACAAGAAGUAUUUUAAGAAGUUCUCCAUUCCAGACAUGGACAGGUGCCAGUUGUUACUGGAGAGCUCUGCCCUCAGCUUUGCACAUGCCAACAACACUUUGAUCAUUAGUUAUCAAAAACCCAAAGAGAUCCUGACCCUGGAGGUGCUGAGAGAGGUGAAGAAGAUGAAGGGCUCCAGUGAUGGAGAAGUGGAUUGCAAAACCCAGUGA